AUGAUGCAAUUCAUGCUGUUGUUUAGUCGCCAGGGGAAGCUCCGUCUCCAGAAAUGGUACACCGCUUAUCAGGAUAAGAUGAAGAAGAAGAUCUGUCGUGAACUGAUUACUCAAAUCCUCGCGAGAAAACCCAAAAUGUGUGCUUUUCUGGAAUAUAAGGACCUUAAGAUCGUUUAUAAGAGGUACGCUUCGCUCUAUUUUUGCUGUGCUAUUGAACAGACCGAUAACGAGCUGAUUUGUUUGGAGGUGAUCCAUAGAUACGUUGAAUUACUGGACAAGUACUUCGGAAGUGUUUGCGAACUCGAUAUUAUUUUCAAUUUUGAGAAAGCUUACUUCAUACUUGAUGAAUUCUUGCUAGCCGGUGAAAUUCAGGAGACGAGCAAGAAACAGGUUCUCAAGGCUAUAGCUGCACAGGAUCUCAUCCAAGAGGAAGAAACGCCUCAGGGCUUGUUUGAAGAUCAUGGACUCGGAUAA